CAGGAGGUCUGCUCAGUGGAAACAGUAGCCUGUGCCUGGUUUGGUCCUUGCUCGUUUUAAUGUAGCCUUCAGUCACGCUAUGGAGCUCUUACCAGCCAUGCUGUUGGUCUUCGCUAUGCACCGUGGAGAAUGCAGUCCGGUUGUCACCCCGCAGCGCUACACCGCCAGACCCGGAGAAAGCGUCAGGAUGCAGUGCAGUAUUGAUACCGUGCUGCUAGAUUCCUCUCUAAUCAGCUGUUACAAAGAGCGGCCGGGAGGAGUCCUGGAGCUCGUAGCGCAGUUUAUCAGACAUGCGCUUACAACUGGGCGCUAUACCGGUGAAAUACAUAACGACAACGGAAACUUUUCCCUGACGAUUGGAAAUGUUCAAAGAAGCGAUUCGGGAUUGUAUUUCUGCAUCGUCAGAGCUUCGGGCACAUUCACCCCCGGCAGGAGCUCCAGGCUGCUUGUAACGGACCCGCAGAUAACCCCAAGUGUCCAGCUAUUCUCUCUGGGCCCGGCUGAAGGCGAGUCGGGCUGGACUGAGCCGGCUCCGGUUGUGUGUUUAGUGAGAGACGCCUCCCCACUCUGGGGCCCAGUUCUCUGGACAAUCCCUGGGGUCUCCGCUGAACCCACGUCACGGUUCGAAGAGGGGCUGACAGAACCUGAUGGCUCUUACACCAUGACGAGCCACAUCACAGUCAGUGCAGAGCAAUGGGAGAGCGGGGGAGUGAUGUGUGAGGUUCACAAUAACGUUACUGGAGAGGUUUAUACAUCCGGGAAAGGCACACAUGGGAAUUCCAUUUUUGGAAAAUGGGGUGCAAGUAAGUAUGAGUAGUUUAUUAUUAUGAGAAAGAUUUGAAUUUCCUUCAAAGUAUGCAUUAAACACAUACUCUCAAAUAAAGUAGGACAACAGGGGCAUGUGCUUACCGGACUAGGACUUUAACUGCCCGUGUA